AUGAAAGAUUUGGGUCCUUUGAGUUAUUUCUUAGGCAUUGCUGUUACCCGACACAAGAAUUGUUUGUUCUUGUCUCAAACGAAAUAUGCUCAUGACAUUAUUAAGAAAGCAGGUAUGACAGAUUGUAAUCCAGCUUCCACUCCUGUUGAUUCUAAAGGAAAGAUGAGCACUCAAUCCGGCAUUUUUUAUGGAGAUCCUAUCUCUUAUCGUUCUUUAUGUGGGGCGUUAAAGUACUUGACAUUCACUCGUCCGAACAUUUCUUAUGUUGUACAACAAGUUUGCUUGUUUAUGCAUGCUCCUCAAGUUGCUCACAUGAAUGCCUUAAAACGAAUCAUCUGUUAUAUUCAAGGCACUGCUGAUUAUGGUUUGCAGUUAUACAAAUCAUCUAUUACUUCCCUUAUUUCUUAUACGGAUGCUGAUUGGGACGGGUGUCCUGAUACUGGUCGAUCUAUAUCAGGUUAUUGUGUCUUUCUUGGAGAUAAUUUGAUUUCUUGGUCUUCUAAAAGGCAACAUACUUUGUCAAAGUCUAGUGCUGAAGUAGAGUAUAGAGGGGUUGCAAAUGUCGUCUCGAAAUCAUGUUGGGUCCGAAACUUAUUAUUAGAACUCAGAUGUUCGGUUACACAGGAAACCUUAGUUUAUUGCGAUAAUGUUAGUGCUAUUUACCUCUCUAGUAAUCCGGUACAACAUCAGCGCACUAAACAUAUUGAAAUGGACAUUCACUUCGUUCGUGAGAAAGUCCAACGGGGUGAAUCUCAGCGUUUGCAAAGCUCCCGUUUCGACUGCGGAGGUAAGAUAGAUUAUGGAAAUAAUCUUUAUAUUAGAUAUUUCCCUGAUGUAAAGAUGAAAAAGAUGAAACAAGAUUCUCCCUAUUCUUUCAUGGAGGGUCAAUUCUAA